CCGAGGGCCAAGUUCCCCGUUCCGGAGCCACCACCCAAGGGUACGGUGCAUCACGUGACUCAUCCAAUCGUGAGAGAGCCAUUUUGGAACAUCAAAUCCGAAAAUCAAGCUAGUAACACUCUCAAUCACGACAAAAUACAUUACGAUUCUCGGGAGCUCCUCAUACCGCCAGACAACACCUGCCAACCAUCACAAUGGCUACGUCCUACCCGACUCUCGCGCCCUUCGUUUUCAAGCGACCUUGGCUGAAGAACCUCCUCAAGCCCGUCGCGGACUGGUACACAAAUGCCGCCGGGUACCGCCAACUCGGUCUUCGAGCCGACGAUCUGAUUGUCGAGGAGGACGAGAACGUCAUCAGGGCAUUGAAGCGCCUGCCGCCAAAAGAAGCUUACGACCGUGUCUACCGACUCCGACGUGCGUUCCAGGCCAGCACCGUCCACAAGCUACUCCCCAAGGAGGAGUGGACCAAGCCUGAGGAGGAUGUCCCGUACCUGGUACCGUUGAUCAACCAGAUCCACGCCGAGGAGAAGGAGAAGCAGGCUUUGGACACUCUGUCCGUCGUUCGAAACCAUUAAAUAUAAAUAGAGUCGAACGGCAAAAUUGUACAAUUAAACCUGCGUUAACGAGAAGAAUAGAGUGAUUGGACAAGCUUGUCCGCAAGGAGUCCAGGUUGUACCGACGAAUUGAACGUUCCAAGAUAUCAUACCUGUAUAUACCUAGACCUUUUCGUCUCCUCUCAACCCGUACAAUUCUAGUCUAAGAGUUUAGCAAGUUCCGUCCAUUGACUCUUGGUGCUUUAUGGAUUUAGCGUUUGGCCUCGACGAUGAACUAUGGCGCAUAACGUCUAGACCUAUGCUAGAUUUUGACAAAGUUACUAGGUUUAAUGAAUAACCACUUAAUUUGUACUAUUAA